GUUUAAUCCUGCUGGGAUUAUGUUGGCGAGAGAGUGCACUGGUCCGUCCGUCCACUCUUCAUCACUUUUCAUCACUCCUCUUCCUCCUCACUGGACUCUGAAAUGUCGCGAUCGUGACUCUUUUCUACAGACUGUCCCUGGGAUUAUUUGUGUGUGUGUUGGUGCAACAUCCUGGUUGGUUGUGAGGAACAGGAAGCUGAUGGGAAGCACAGUGAAGCCACACGGCUGGGAGAUUUAGGGACAUGGCCAUAUUCCGGUAUGACUACUGGAGCCCGCAAGUGACCUUUGACAGCCGUGUCCGGAUCGCUCCUCAUUUUCUUGGUAAACUGGUCCACUCCAGCUGACGGCUCACACUCGGGAAGAACCUGAAACAUCCUCCUCUACUCUCUCGUCAAGGAGACUCCUGGUUUUGUCAUUAGUUCCUGACUCAUGGAUGUGGCUUGGAGAUCUUUCAUCAGCGGCCGGUGGGACAAACCUCUGGAGUUGUGGGAGUUUUGGGAGAAGCAGUAAAGGGAAAAGAUGAUGAUGAUGUUGUGGACACUCGUCACCAUGGCGACAGUGGUCGAUGGACAGAUGAAGAUCUCACCGGAAGUGGUGCAGCAGUGGGCACUCACCUUCAGCAAAGACAUCUCUGCUUUGUCGGCAAGAUAUUCCGGGGCCAGACUGUUGCAGAAGAAAUACAAGGAUGUAGAGGCUGUGGUGAAGAUAGAGGAGGUCAAUGGGGAGCAGCUGGUGAAGAAGAUUGCAGGGGAGAUGGAGGAGAUGCUUGGCAGGAAGAUGAAGUCAGUCAAGAGGUUAGCAGAGUCAGCUGAAGAUGCUGAUCUGUACCACGAGUACAACGAAACCCUAGAGUUUGACUACUACAACUCCCUACUCAUCAACACCGAGGACGAGGAUGGGGAGCCUCUGCCACUUGGGGGCGAGUUCCCUCUGGAGGAGAACGAACAUUUUAACAAGCUUCCUGUCAACACGCAGCAGAGCAACAUCCAGGUGCCCACCAACGUGUACAACCGAGAUCCUGACAUUGUGAACGGAGUCUACAUGUCAGAGGCUCUGAAUGACGUCUUUAUUGAUAACUUCCAGAAAGAUCCAACUCUCACCUGGCAGUACUUCGGAAGUGCCACCGGGUUUUUCAGACUGUAUCCAGGAAUCCAGUGGAUUCCGGAUGAGAACGGCGUGGUCACCUUUGACUGCAGGAACAGAAACUGGUACAUCCAGGCUGCCACGUCUCCGAAGGACGUCGUGAUCGUGGUGGAUGUCAGUGGCAGCAUGAAGGGCCUCAGACUCACAAUCGCCAAACACACCAUCAACACAAUCCUGGACACACUGGGAGAAAAUGAUUUUGUCAACAUCAUUGCUUACAGCGACUAUGUCCGCUACGUGGAGCCUUGUUUCCAAGGAACUCUAGUACAGGCUGACCUGGACAACAGAGAGCACUUCAAACUCCUUGUGGACGGGCUUCACGUCAAGGGAGAAGGAAAAGUAAAAAAUGCAAUGAAAGAAUCGUUCAAGAUUCUGAACGAGGCUGCGGCGCUGGGUCAGGGCAGUUUGUGCAACCAAGCCAUCAUGCUGAUCACAGACGGAGCGAUGGAAGAUUUCCAGGAUGUUUUUGAAGAUUUUAAUUGGCCAGAAAGAAGAGUUCGGGUGUUCACGUAUCUGAUAGGUCGCGAGAUGACUUUUGCGGAGAACGUCAAGUGGAUUGCCUGCAAUAACAAAGGCUUCUACACGCAUGUGUCGACACUAGCGGACGUUCAGGAGAAUGUGAUGGAGUAUCUUCACGUCCUCAGUCGGCCGAUGGUCAUCAACCACGACCAUGACAUCAUCUGGACUGAGGCCUACAUGGACAGUGUGUUACCAAACACCGCAGAGCUGUUCAACACUCAAGCUCAGAGUCUGCUGUUGAUGACGUCAGUUGCCAUGCCAGUGUUCAGCAAGAAGAAGGAGACGCUUUCACAUGGCAUCUUGCUGGGCGUGGUGGGAACAGACGUGGCGCUGCGUGAGCUCAUGAGGUUGGCACCCAGAUACCAGUUGGGUGUCCAUGGUUACGCCUUCCUCAUCACGAACAACGGCUACAUUCUGUCUCACCCUGACCUCCGACCUCUGUACAGAGAGGGGAAGAAGCUAAAGCCCAAGCCAAACUACAACAGCGUGGACCUGUCAGAGGUGGAGUGGGAGGACACAGAGGAGAAGCUGAGGACAGCCAUGGUCAAAGGAGAGACAGGGACGCUGACUCUGGAUGUGAGGACAACAGUGGACAAAGGAAGGAGGGUGAUGUUCUUGAGGAAUGACUACUUCUACACCGUCAUCAGUGAAACACCCUUCAGUCUGGGAAUUGUGCUGACACCGGGAUACGGACAGUUUCUCUUCAGUGGGAAUGUUUCUGUUGAAGAAGGUCUUCAUGAUCUCCUGGCUCCAGAUCUGACACUGGCUGCCGAGUGGACCUACUGUGAGACUGACAUAGACCCUGCUCAUCGGAAACUGAGUCAGCUGCAGGCGGUGGUUCGGUUCCUCACCGGAAAAGAACCGCACCUGGAAUGUGACAUGAAGCUGCUGCAGCAGACUCUGUUUGACGCUGUGGUCACUGCACCGUUGGAGGCGUACUGGACCGCCAUCAUGCUCAACACAUCAGGGAUGGACGAGGGAAUUGAGACAGCAUUUUUAGGAACACGAUCUGGUCUCACCCGGUUCCAGAGAUACACCGGGAUUGAGAAACGAGUCGCUAAGUGGUUCCUAGCCUCCACUGACCAGGAGAACAUCUUCACCCUGGAUCACUUCCCGGUCUGGUAUCGAAGAGCUGCAGAGAGUCCUGCUGGACAGUUUGUGUACUACACACCCACAGAGGCCACCAGAGGGAGGAUCGUGAUUGCUGCCACCUCCGUCGCUGUCACUGUAGGAAAGAAAACUGCUAUCGCUGGAGCUGUCGGGGUCCAGAUGACUCUCAAGGUCUUGGAGUCCAGGUUUUGGGCCAUCGCUUCCCAGCCCAACAACACUGAUUGUUCAGACGUGGAUGGGAUCUGUCCUCUGCAGUGUGACGGCUUUGACAUAUUGUGUUAUGUCAUCGACAACAACGGAUUUAUUCUGAUUUCUAGACAACGCAGUGAUGCCGGACGCUUCCUCGGUGAGGUGGACGGGUCAGUGAUGAGCACGCUCAUCAGGAUGGGAAUGUUCAAAAGGGUGUCGUUGUUUGACUACCAAGCCAUGUGUAAGACGAACCACUACUCUGUCAGCAAGGCCCGCCCACUACUGUCUCCUCUCUUCACUUUGCUCUCAGCUCUGCGGUGGUUCUUCUCCAACUUGUUGCUGUUCCUUCUUGACUCUAACAUCUGCAACAUCUGGGAUGUUUUUACUGAGGCUUCACUCCAUAAGAAGCGGGUGGACGUCUUGCAGCCGUGUGACACAGAGUAUCCCAGCUUCAUCUACGAGCCAACAGUCAAAGAGACCAACAGCAUCAUCAAGUGUGGACGCUGUCAAAAGAUGUUCGUGGUGCAGCAGAUACCUGACAGCAACCUGCUGCUGGUCGUCAUUCAGGCCGACUGCGACUGCUCGCGGCAGCACCCCCCCAUCACCCUGGAGCCGGAGGAGGUGCGCUAUAUCGCCUCCAUCAAAUGUGAGCGCAUGAAGUCGCAGAAGAUCCGUCGGCGUCCAGAGUCCUGUCACGCCUACCACCCUCAGGAGAACGCCAACGACUGCGGUGCAGCAGCAGCUUUGUCUGUCUCAGUCUGUCUGCUCCUCAUCUCUCAGUCCAUCUUGUGGUCACACUGGCUGUACCCUUGAUGAUACGACCAAGAUGCCACUGUGUGAUGUUGCCCAGGACAGAUGUUUCAGAUGGAGAGUUUCUUUUGGGAGUUUAUCCAACCUUGUUGAUGGUGUAACGGAAUUGACAUCUCAAGAUGUUGACUGAUGUUUGGUGACUCACAAUGGACUUAUUACAGUGAGUGUGUAUGUGUGUGUGUGGGUGUGUGAGAGAGAGAGACAGUGUGCAUGAGCACCACUUGGAAGGUUGCAGGUCCCAAGUUAUUUUGUGUUUUUGACCCACAUGUUGAAAUGCUAUGACUCGGAAUUCAAAUAAACAUGUUCCUGGCGUCUCAUGACAAACAUGACCCUUGACCUCUACUGACCACCUAUCCCCAACGAUCGAGGAGCCGGCUUGUAUGAGUGAGCGUGUUGUCACGGGUUUGUUCUCUGCUGCUCCAACAUUCCAUUUAUUUCU